AUGGAGACAAAGGAAGAAUAUCAUGUCGAGGUUGAAAAAGAUAGGAUAAAGAUAAAAGUGUCGUGGAUUCGUGUGGUAGCCACGGGCCAAUUGGUCAAUCACUUCCUUUUGUUUCCUCGACGCCGCCGCCGUCAUUUCACUCGUGUUCCCUGCCGCGCACUCCAAUGCCGGCCCCCGCGCUGGCGGGGUCCUCAUGGUCGCCAUCCGCGCCAUGGAGUAUUCAGGUUGGACGCGACGCCUUUCCGAUGCGGAGAAGACGCCGCCACUUGCUGUGAUUCCUAUGCAAAACAAAAACAUCUUCAGUUGGAUCCUCUACCCGCCAAGCUUGCAGAGAAUGUACAAGUCACAGAAGAGAACAUACUAACAUCAUUGAGGCGAGCCCUUGCUCAACAUUCUAGUCUGCAAGCAGAUGACGGGCACUGGCCUGUAGAUUUCAGUGGCAUUUUGUUCAUCAUGCCUCUCUUGGUAUUUGCUCUAUACAUCACUGGAUCACUCAAUACUGUCCUAUCGGAAGAACAUCGACGUGAGAUAUGUCGCUAUAUUUAUAACCAACAGAAUGAAGAUGGUGGUUGGGGUAAACAAAUGCUGGGACCAAGCACCAUGUUUGGCUCGUGCUUAAACUAUGUUACUUUAAGACUUCUUGGUGAGGAGAAGACACAUGAUGCGUUGAGCAAAGGACGUGAAUGGAUUUUGUCUCAUGGAAGCGCAGCUGCAAUACCACAAUGGGGAAAGAUAUGGCUCUCGAUGAUAGGUCUGUAUGAUUGGUCUGGAAAUAAUCCUAUAAUUCCUGAAUUAUGGCUUGUCCCUCAUUUUCUUCCAAGACAUCCAGGACGAUAUUGGGUCUUUACCUGUAUGGUUUAUCUGCCUAUGGCUUAUCUCUUUGGGAAGAAGUUUGUUGGACCAAUUACACCAACUAUAUUGGCAUUGAGAGAUGAGCUCUAUAGUGUACCAUACAAUGAGAUUGAUUGGAACAAAGCUCGUGAUACUUGUGCCAAGGUGGACCUUAUCUCUCCACGGACAACGGCACAAAAUCUUGUAUGGACUUGCCUUAAUAAAGUUGUGGAGCCAAUGCUGAAUUUCUGGCCAGUAAACAAGUUAAGAGAUAUAGCAUUGAAAAACAUCAUUGUUAGCCAUAUCCACUAUGAAGAUGAAAUUAGUAAAUACAUCUGUGUAUGUCCGAUAAACAAGGCACUAGAUAUGAUUUGUUGUUGGGCAGAAAAUCCAAAUUCAGAUGCAUUUAAGCAGCAUUUUCUAAGGAUAUAUGAUUUUUUAUGGAUUGCGGAGGAUGGUAUGAAGGUGUACGAUGGCUGUCCAGCAUGGGAGACCGCUUUCAUUGUCCAAGCCUAUGGCUCGACAGAUCUUGUUAAUGAGUUUGGUCCAACACUCCGUAAAGCUCAUGAAUUCAUUAAAAGUUCACAGAUCCGUGAAAACCAUCCUGACUACGAAGCUUACUACCGACAUAGACCGAAAGGUUCAUGGACACUUUCGACAGCAGAUAAUGGGUGGAGUGUAUCUGAUUGUACUGCGGAAGCACUCAAGGCUCUUUUGUUGUUGUCAAAGAUCUCUCCAGGUCUCGUGGGGGAUCCCAUAAAAGGAGAAAGUUUGUACGAUGCUGUGGAUUGCAUUCUUUCUUAUGUGAAUGAUGAUGGUACCUUUUCUACAUAUGAGCGUAAAAGAACCACACCUUUGUUAGAGAUUCUCAACCCUUCAGAGAGCUUUAUCAACAUUGUUGUUGACUAUCCACCUGUUGAAUGCACGUCAUCAGUGCUCCAAGCUCUGAUUAUGUUCAGCGAGCUGGAUCCAGGGUACCGCAAAGAAGAAAUAGGAAAUUGCAUUAAAAGCACAUCCAAGUUUAUUGAGAAGGAACAAGGAAAAGAUGGAUCUUGUUUGUUAUCUUUAAUUUAUUCAUACUUUUAAAUUAUGAAAUAAAUAAUUAGAUUAAUUAUGACCUAACAGGUUUGGCAGUUGGGGUGUAUGUUUCACUUACGGAUCAUUCUUUGCUGUAAAAGGAUUAGCUGCUGCUGGAAGAACUUAUGAAAAUAGUUCCUCCAUCAGGAAAGCAUGCAGCUUUCUGUUGUCAAAGCAGCUAUGCACAGGUGGAUGGGGUGAAACUUAUCUUUCUAGUGAGACCGAGGUAACUAUUCAUUAUUUAACUAUAAGCAUGUGGAGGGCUUGGUCAGGUUAUGGUAUAUUUCUAUAUUUGUUAACUUUACAUGCAUGGUAUUGCCUCUUAGCAAUGUAUUACUCUGAGUAUGAGUGACAGCCACCAAUAAGAUCCAAUUCUAAGGUGCUUGUUUUCAUUAGUCUUUGUUUCCAGUAAUAACGUGUUUAGUUGCCUCUAGGAAGACUGAAGAAAUUUGAAUCAGUGGUUGAAAAGUAAUUUGGCAUGAGUAGUAUCUUAUAUCUCUUUUUUUUCUCGAACACGCAGGAGAGCUGCGUAUCUUUGUAUUAAGAGAGGAAACAAUCCAAUUACAAACACAUCACCAUACCUUGGACUACAGUAAGGGAUGCAACUGUUUUAGACAAACAAAAUAUUACAUGCAAAGAAGAAUUUGGGACCUGACCACAGCUAGACCUUCUCUAACUAGGAACUGCAACUCCCUCUAGGCUCAGGGUAGUAAGCCCUUUGGCACCAGAGAUUUGCCAUAAGUGAAACUCAUCCUUAAAGGCCUGAAGAGCUCCCUGCAAGUUUGGUGCAGCUCCAUCGAAUAUGCAGACAUUCCUGUGCUUCCAGAUGAUCCAGGCUCCAAGGAUUACAAGAGAAUUAAAUCCCUUCCAUAGUUGCUUCUGUAAUUUCUUCCACCAAUCUGCAAGAGAGCUAGAUGUGCGACUAGGCACCAAACGAGUUAGGUUCAGUGGCUGGAGAACGCUGAACCAAAAUUGCCGUGCGAACACACAAGUAGUGAGUAGAUGUUGGACCGUCUCUUCUUCUUGGUCACACAGCGGGCAGCGAGCAGGGUGAGGUAGUCCUGUUUUCUGCAAACGAUCAGCAGUCCAACAUCGAUUGCGAAUGGCCAACCAAACAAAGGUUUUGCACUUACUGAGUGCCCAGGAUUUCCAGAGCCUCUUCCAAGGUUCAAAGCCAAUGGCUCCUUCAAAAAAAGCUCUGUAUGCAGAUCUAGUAGAGAAUGUUCCUGAGGCUUCAAACUUCCAGUGAUGAAGGUCUUCCGUGUCAUUUACAGCAAACUCAGCGAGGGCAUUCCAAAGUUCUAAAUAUUCAGCAAGGCCCUGCCAACUGAGAGCUCCUCUUAUGUCUGACACCCAGGAAUGCUCAAUCAUAGCAUCACUCACAAUUCUUGAUUUUCUUAAUCUUGGUGGUACGGUCUUGAAGACAUUAGGUGCCAGAUUCUCAAUACUGCAGCCGUGUAACCAACGAUCAGUCCAAAACAAAGUGUUCCUACCAUUGCCAACCGUAGUCACAACUGACACGGCAAACAUAGCAGCGGUGUUGGGGUAUAUUAGAAUUUCCAAACCAGCCCAUGGACGGUCCGGUUUUCCAAAGCCAUCGCAUUUGUAGGGCCCAAGCCAUAAUUUCCAGGUUAUGGAUUCCUAGCCCCCCAAGAUCGAUAGGUCUCAUGACCUUUUCCCAUGCCACUAAGCAGCUGCCACCAUUGAUCUUCUUCCUUCCCUUCCACAAGAAACUCCUGAUUUUGUCUACUGCUCGGAUGAACCAUUAGGGACUUUGAUAGCGACCAGCAGGUAAAUAGGAAUGGCAGUUAGGACAAAUCUCACUAAAAUAGCUCGGCCUGCCAAGCUCAUCAGAGAAGCCUUCCAACCAGGAAGUUUGUUGGCAAUCUUCUCAAUCCAAGACAUCAAGUCACUGCGUCGCAGCUUUCUGUCCGAGAUUGGUAGUCCCAAAUAAGUGGUGGGAAAAUUAGUUGUGCACUGCAGGGUGCUGUUCACGACCUCCACGAUUUCCCGAUCGCAAUGAAUUGGAAUCAUGCAGCUUUUCUGUAAGUUAGUCUGCAAUCCAUAAGCCUCACCAAAUACUUGCAGGAGUUCCUUAGUAAUCUGAAGAUCCUCUUCCUCUGAUCUAAUAAAGAGUGCCACAUCAUCUGCGUAUAAGGACAACCGCUGACCAGUAGAGUGGAGGGGUAGGAGCAGGCCUUCCGCUUCAGCUUUCAAGUACAGACUAUUUAGAACAUCCAUGACUCAAUCUUGGCUGUUGAAUAACAAUUGACUGCUCGUGGUAAGUUGGUAACGGUUGUAUUCAAAAGUAUGUUGAAUCAGAUAAUCCUUGGACACGACUCUCGGAACGGGGGCACGACUCUCGGAACGGACAACAUACAUUUGGAUACAACCGUUACCAACAUACAUUCAUAUCAGAUUCUAUGAGCAUAUAUGUGAUACCAUGCAACUGAGAAAGAACAUCUAUUUUGUUAUCUUUUUUGCUUUUUUUUUCUUCGAAAUCCCAACUUCUGUAUGAUACGCAUGUUGUCAGAUACUUCUGAUCCAAGCAUCUUGUUUUGGUUUUGAUAAAAAAAAUGGAAGCAACUGGAUGAUUACUGCUUGUUCUCCUAACAUAUUUAGUUGCCUCAUCAUGGGUGUACAUUAAGUACCUUUAGUUCCUGUAUUAUAAUGCAUUAAACAUACUCUUAGUAAUUCAAAUGUUGAUGUCUAAUUUUUAUAUAUAUUUUGUACUGAUGAUCUGAAAGAAUUCAUUGGUCAGGUUUGUGAAUCCUUUAAUAUUUACCAACUUAUUGGAUAAUUCCUUAUCUGCAUCAUAACUGUCCAGAAUUGCUCGAAAAAAAAUAACUGUCCAGAAUAACAUUAUGCAAUUUGAUGCUCGGAGCUGUACUAAUAUCUCAGCCAUGCUUUGUUUGAAGGAAAUAUUGAUUACUUCAAAUCUUAAUGAAUUUUAUCUCAUUUAUUUGGCAGUCAUACGUAGGGACCAGAGGUUCUCAUGCAGUAAACACUGCUUGGGCAAUGUUGGCUUUAAUUUACGGUGGUCAGGUGGAACGAGAUCCAACACCUCUGUAUCAAGCUGCAAAAGAAUUGAUCAACAUGCAACUAGAGUCAGGCGACUUUCCCCAACAAGAACAUGUUGGGUGCUUCAACAGCUCCCUAUACUUCAAUUAUGGCAACCUCUACCCGAUCUGGGCUCUUGGGGAGUUCCGCCAUCGGCUUCUUGCAAAAAAUGAAGUUAGACCAAAGUACUUGAUGUCUUGAUGAUUCGUAACAUCCCUGCAAUUAAGGGUAACGGAAUCUGCAAAACAACAGUUGAAGCAAUGUAUAGAGGUUGGCAUUUAUGCCGAAGACAAGCUCCUGUGAAACAAAAUCAGAUCCUUAGUAAAUGAAGUCUAGGAUCUGCAUACUUAACAAAAGAAUAACAAAACGUUUGGAAUUACAGUUAAAUAUAUGUUAGUGUGAUCUGUGUGGUUAUUUUAUGAUAGC